AUGACGUCGUCCGGCCUCUCUUCCGCCUCCGCCAUUUCCCCUGGCUUCCCCUCUUCCACCCACCCUCGCUUUUUUUUUUUUUCCUUUCCGCCCAUCCCCCACCCUUUCUCCCCCCGCUCCUCCAUCCCCCGCCCUUUCCUCCCCACCCUUUCCACUUUCCGCCUGUCCUCCCCGCCCCCUGUAUCCGCGCAGUCGGCGGAGGUGCGCGUGGCGGUGGCGGGGAAGACGGCCAUGGGCAUGCGCAAGGUGCUGGGGUCGAUCAAGCCGCUGCGCGUGUGUGACCUGCUCGAAACUGACCCCGACCGCACACUGGAGCCUGAGUGGUACGAGAUCGUGGCCAAAGAGGGGAAGAAAUCGUCUGUAGGGAAGGUGCUGCUGCACGUGGUGGCAGCACGGGCGCCGCCACAGCAGCCCAUCAAGCUGUUCAUUGGGUCGUGGAACGUCGGCAAUGCUCCCCCGCCUGACGACCUCUCACCCUGGCUCCCCAAGGGCACGGAUCACGAGCUCAUUGCCAUCGGCUCGCAGGAGUGCGAGUAUCAGCCUCGUUCAGGCUAUGCCACCUGCAUGGAAGACUGGGUCGCUGCUAUAAAAGCACACUUCGCCCCGCACUACAAGGUGGUGAAGGGCACAACACGUGGCCAGAUGCGACUCGUGGUGCUGGUGCUGGAAACUUCACAGAAAGCUAUCACUGAUGUUACAGCCACAAGCGAGGCUACUGGUAUCGGCCAUGUGAUUGCCAACAAGGGUGCUGUCAGCGUCUCGCUCAAGUUCUGGGACACGUCCUUCUGCUUCGUCAACUCACACCUGGCAGCACACGAGGGGCACUGCAUGACUCGCAACGACAACUACCGGGAGGUCAUGCGCAACAUGCACCCCGCCCUCUCCAGCAUCGACCUCCUCGCACAGUUCCACUCAACUAUCUUCCAUCAAACCUAUCUAUCUCUCUCCCCAUUGCCCAAUCUCUCCAUUCCAUUCACAGAGGUGAUGUGCAACAUGCAUCCGGGUCUCUCCAGCAUCGAUCUCCUCUCGCAAUUCCACCAUGUCUUCCCUUCCUAG